AUGCGUCCAAUGAAAAGCUUAACGGGGAACGAUGUGGCCAAUGAGAAGCGAGGAGCUCGCAUGGCUCGUACCAAGCAAACGGCGCGUAAGUCGACGGGAGGUAAGGCUCCCCGUAAGCAACUGGCGACCAAAGCCGCCAGGAAAAGUGCUCCGGCCACGGGAGGAGUCAAAAAGCCUCACCGUUACCGUCCGGGAACCGUAGCUCUUCGUGAGAUCAGACGUUACCAGAAGAGCACGGAAUUGCUCAUAAGAAAAUUACCGUUUCAACGUCUCGUGAGAGAAAUCGCUCAGGAUUUCAAGACCGAUCUUAGAUUUCAGAGUUCGGCCGUGAUGGCUUUGCAGGAGGCGAGCGAGGCUUAUCUGGUCGGAUUAUUCGAAGACACAAACUUGUGCGCCAUUCACGCCAAGCGUGUCACCAUAAUGCCCAAAGACAUUCAACUCGCUCGGAGAAUCAGAGGAGAGAGAGCUUGA